AUGAGAUCUCAGAAGGUUACAGAUAUUUUGAGGCUUCUGCUCACUGAUGAACGUAUCCCGGACAACCUCAUUACCGUCGUCUACACUGAUCUAGGCACUGGCUCAGAGGCGAAAAAACCCCUGACGGAUUUCCACUAUGACCCCGUCCUGGGACUCAAUAUAAGCACCCUGGGUCUGCGAGAUUAUCAGAUCACUUGCAUAAAGCUACUGGACAAGGUUGUUUGGGACAAAAUUAGUGGUGUUGAUCUCAUCUCCACUUCCUCUCCGCCUCCCAUUUACGCUCUGUUAGAGAGCACGUCUCAGGGGGCCUCGCUAGGAACAGUAGACAAGCUGCCGGUUGCCAGUUCCAAGGCACCAGAGCAUCUGAGGCGUCUGUGCGCUAUUCAGGCUUCCAAGCCGGGCUUUCGCAAGCACCGCUUCUUCAUCUGUCAGCGCGUCUACAACGAGGUAAUGAUUGAGAAGGCGGUAAACAUUCAAACAAAAAUCUGCGAGAAGGUGCCCCUUCUGAAGGAGAGUUGCUACCCACCAGGCUGGUUACACGUCACCCUGGCUACUGUCUGUCCGACUGGUCCAGAGGAGCUGCAUCUGGCUAUUCGGCUACUUCAGCGAAUGAUUGACAAGUACUACUACGAAUCUCAUCCCCAUAUGAUAUUCAGAUACCCACUGCAAUUUGCAGACUUUGUGAUUGUAUUCCAUGCCUCUAUCUCCGACAGCAUAAAUGAAGUAAUAUGCUCAGCUUUUCGGGGAGACGGAAUUGAAAUUGAUGAUCACGAGUUCAAUCCGCACCUAACGGUGAUUAAGCCUCCGUCCAAUGUCGCGCGAAAGUUAUCCGGCCGACUCAAUGUGGCCCAGUAUCAUAAUAGAUAUAAUGCUGGUUCCACCUACCAGGCUAUAGAUCGUCUUGACGUCUGUAUGUGUGGUCAAGAGCGCGACGAAGAGGGAUUCUGGCUGCGAGCUGCCUCCCUUCCACUGGCGCCAGAUGAAAAGUUUUGA